AUUUGAUGCCUUCACUUCUUCUUCUCUUCCUUCGUUUGUCUUUUUCGCUUUCCUUCUUCUCUUCCUCCUUCUUCUUCUUUAAUUUCCUUCUUUUUUAUCCUUAUUUUGUUUGCUGCUUUCCUUCUUCCUUCCUUUCUUUCUUGUCCUUCUUUUUCUUCCAUGUUCAAAACCGUAAUUUUAAAAAAAUCACAUACUACAAACGUGAAUCGUUUCGAGUGAAUAAUAUAUCAAAAGGUUCUAAACAUUGAGAGGAGCUCAUAUCUAAAUUUUGGGAUUGUUUAGAGGAGAUUUGAGUUGGUUGAGAUUGAACAAGAAUUAGUAUGCAAUGUAUAUUUUUUUAUUUAAACAAUAUAUAUAUAGAUAUAUAUACAUUUCUGAUACCUAGUUAUAUAUCAUCUCUACACAAUCAAGCAUUAUUUAUAUAAUAUUGAUAUAUUAUAUAUACAUAUGAUUAAAUUAAUGCACAUAUAGUUAUUUUGUUGAAUUGUGUUUUGCCCGUACAUAUUGGUAUCACUCUUAUCCUUUUUGCCCGGAUAAUGCACAAUGCAUUGUGGUUAUAAAUUAGUAGUGCAUGAGUUUAAUUAGCCGCUACAUUCCAGUACUAUUACCUUAUUUUUAAAUCAUAAGUUUGGUGAAUGAUUGAUCACAGAAUUUCCUUUCCAAUAAAAACAAAUCUUUAAUAAACAUGACAAGAGAAAACAUUUUUAUAUUCACCAGGCCGUUUAACUUUGUGUAAUUAUUGGUAUGCAUAAUUACUCUUUUUAUAAGGAGAGACGAAAACCGUCCAAUUUCACAAACAAAUUAAAAAAUUGUCUGCCAUGACGAGUGAGCAGAAAGAACCUCUCUUGUCCGAUGCUAAACAAAAAAGAAUAUGCAUCAUUUCACUUGAUGAUACGAUUGAAGUAUGCAUCGGAGAUUUCGGAUGGUCGCAAUUUGUACAAGCUAUACUUGUCUCUCUCGCUUGGAUCUUCGAUGCUCAACAAUCAUUCAUCAGUGUCUUCACUGAUGCUCUGCCCUCUUGGCAUUGCACUAAUAAUUCCUCAUGCCAAAUAAAUAAAAAUAUUUGCAACAUUCCAAAGGACACGUGGCGGUGGGAUUUGCCAACAUUCACAUCGAUUGUGUCCGAUUGGUCAUUGGAGUGUAGUAGCUCGGUCAUCACUGGCCUCCCGGCAUCGUCUUUCUUCAUAGGCUGCCUUGUUGGUGGAUUUCUUCUAUGCACUUUAGCUGAUGCCUCCUUUGGCCGAAAAAACAUGUUGGUUUUGUCAUGCCUUAUAAUGUCUAUUACGGGGUGCGUUACCGCGAUUUCUACUAAUAUAUGGAUGUACUCUGCCUUAAGGUUCAUCUCUGGAUUCGGCAGGGCAACUAUAGGAACGUGUUCUCUUGUUUUAUCGACAGAGCUAGUGGGAAAAAAGUGGCGAGGGCAAGUUGGGAUUAUUAGCUUCCUUUGUUUCACUUUUGGAUUUAUAUCUUUACCUUGGAUAGCUUAUUUAAAUAAAGGAAAUUCGUGGAGAGUUGUGUAUCUAUGGACUUGUGUCCCCGCUGUUCUGUAUACGAUUUUUGUACAUUUCUUUGUUCAUGAGUCGCCUAGGUGGCUUUAUUUGCGAGGACAUAAGGAAGAAUUUGUUAAGACACUGAAAAGCAUUUCAAAUCCAGCCACACGAGGAAAGUUGACUUCAAGCUUCUUUGAAACAUUAUUUAGGGAUUUGGAAAGUAGCAUGUCUGUGUCGGCAUCACAAGACUUGGAUCUCUACUCGGCCAUCAGAUUGUUGAUUGAAAAAGGCUGGGCUUUGCGUCGACUGCUGACAGUAGUGUUGAUUGGUUUUGGGGUUGGCAUGGUGUAUUAUGGCAUGCCGUUAGGGGUUGGGGAUUUGGGAUUUGAUAUCUACUUAAGCAUCACGCUGAAUGCAUUGUCAGAGCUGCCAUCAUCCUUGAUAGCGUUUUUCCUUAUAGGGAAAAUGAACAGGAAAGGAUCGCUCUUAGGAUUUUCCUUACUAAGUGGAAUAUGUAGCGUAGGUUGCACGCUGGUGGAGGGGAGUGAGCCAUUAAAGUGGUUUCAAAUGGGGCUGGAAAUGGUGUCCUUUUUUAGUGCUUGUACGGCUUUCAAUGUUCUAUUGAUUUACACGUUGGAACUAUUUCCUACGUGCGUGAGGAACUGCGCAGUGUCAAUGGUGAGGCAGUCACUAGUAGUUGGUGGUGCAUUGAGUCCGCUGCUUGUAGCACUUGGAAGGAACAACAGCUUAUUUUCUUAUGGGAUAUUUGGAGUGUGUAGCGCCACAUUUGGUUUCUUUACGGUGUGGUUGCCAGAGACUAAGGGCAGACUACUUUGUGACACUAUCGAAGAAGAGGAGCGUCUGCUGGAGUGAGCACAAGUUGUUGACCUCAAAUAGCAGUUAAGCGCGCGUAUGUUGUUACCACAGGAAUUUGCUGAUCUAUCUAAUGUAGCGGGGGCCGGGGGCGGGGGGAUAACUUCUCUUCUUUACAAGCUAGGAGUAAGGUCUAAGGCCUUAGACUUCAUUUGUAGAAUUAAAAUAAAUUUGCUGUUGUUGUAUCCAAUGUAGCCUCACUAAAGGCCAAGACAUAAUGGAAUAAAGUUUGCUU